GGACGCCGUUAACGGCGUUGGACGGCAACUAACGGAGAGUGACCAUAAAUGAACGGUUUAUGUAAAGUUAAUGACCGAAAAUGAAUUUAAAUAUUUUGAGUGACCAAACAUGAACGUUUUUUGUAAUCUCAGUGACCAACCAUGCAAUUAACCCUUUAGUUUGGUAUUCAUUUUGUUACAACCUCCAUAGUCCAGUGACUAUUUUUGACAUUUCGAGAGAACAUACCAGGUCCUUCUAGAGUGCAGACUGCAGCGACUACCAAUUCCUUGCCAAGUUGCUAGCAACUCCCUUCAAAAGGACAAAAAUAACACAGAACUCCAUUAACCCAUCUUAUCCAUACAUCUCUCCGCCCGCUCUAAAACCCUAAUCCCCUUCUUCCGGCCUCGCCUUCCUUUCACUGCUUCCGGGUAACCUUCUAGCUCCUUCCCUCUCUGCUCUGGGUUUCCAGUAAGUGUUGCUUGGUUUAUGUUCUUUGCUGAAAUGGGGGAUUUUCUCAGUUGCAAUCUUUUUGGGUUUUUUGUUCGUUUUUCCUUCAAAUACCCGCUUCCCAUUUAUCCAUUUUCUAUACCGGUUCACAUUGUUUAGUUUUACCUAUAGUUUCUCAAUGUUAUCUGCUGCUGUUGCAGAUAAGAUGGCUUCAACCUUCACCACCAUGUCCUCUGUUGGAUCCUUGGCCGCCCCUGCUAUGGAUAAGAGACUAGCUGCGUGUCCAUCGAACAAGCUGUCUUCACUUGCUUCAGUUUCUGGAAGCUCAUUCGGGAGAAGAAGGCAGAACGUUGUUUUGAGGAAUUCACGCUUGCCAAUGACUUGUAAGGCGGCCAAGGAGUUGCAUUUCAACAAAGAUGGCUCAGCGAUUAAGAAGCUGCAGACUGGUGUGAACAAGCUUGCCGACCUUGUUGGAGUAACACUGGGGCCUAAGGGCCGUAAUGUCGUUCUUGAAAGCAAGUAUGGAUCCCCGAAAAUCGUCAAUGAUGGUGUAACUGUUGCUAAGGAGGUUGAAUUGGAGGAUCCGGUUGAGAACAUUGGUGCCAAGUUGGUACGACAGGCUGCUGCCAAAACUAAUGACUUGGCUGGUGAUGGCACUACGACAUCGGUUGUCCUUGCACAAGGCCUUAUCGCUGAAGGCGUUAAGGUUGUGGCAGCUGGUGCAAACCCUGUUCUAAUUACUCGUGGCAUUGAGAAGACAACCAGGGCUCUUGUCAAAGAACUUAAGUCAAUUUCGAAGGAGGUUGAAGACAGUGAACUCGCUGAUGUUGCUGCAGUUAGUGCUGGAAACAAUUAUGAAAUAGGGAAUAUGAUUGCUGAAGCAAUGAGCAAAGUUGGUCGAAAGGGUGUUGUGACUUUGGAAGAGGGUAAAAGUGCAGAGAACAACCUUUACGUUGUGGAGGGAAUGCAGUUCGACCGUGGUUACAUCUCACCUUACUUCGUUACCGAUAGUGAGAAAAUGACGGUUGAAUUUGAUAACUGCAAGCUGCUUCUUGUUGAUAAAAAGAUAAGCAACGCAAGGGAUCUUGUUAGCGUCCUGGAAGAUGCAAUUAGAAGUGGAUUCCCCAUCGUGAUAGUUGCUGAAGAUAUUGAACAGGAAGCUCUUGCAACGCUUGUUGUGAACAAGCUUAGAGGGGCACUGAAGAUUGCUGCUCUGAAAGCUCCUGGGUUUGGAGAGAGGAAGAGCCAGUAUCUUGAUGACAUUGCUAUUCUUACAGGAGGAACUGUUAUCAGAGAGGAGGUGGGUCUAUCAUUGGACAAAGUUGGCAGGGAGGUGCUAGGAACUGCUUCGAAAAUCGUCCUAACAAAGGAUACUACGACAAUUGUUGGCGACGGGAGUACCCAGGAAGCAGUAAACAAGAGAGUUGCACAAAUUAGAAACCUCAUUGAGGCUGCAGACCAAGAUUACGAGAGGGAGAAACUCAAUGAGAGAAUUGCAAAGCUGUCUGGUGGUGUUGCUGUGAUCCAGGUUGGGGCACAAACUGAGACGGAGCUGAAAGAGAAAAAAUUGAGAGUUGAAGAUGCUUUGAAUGCAACUAAGGCAGCAGUGGAGGAAGGUAUCGUAGUUGGUGGUGGUUGCACUUUGCUCAGACUAGCAUCAAAAGUAGAUGCUAUUAAGGACAGUCUUGAAAAUGACGAAGAAAAGGUUGGUGCUGAUAUUGUAAAGAGAGCUCUGAGUUAUCCGUUGAAACUAAUUGCCAAGAAUGCAGGAGUGAACGGCAGUGUAGUGAGCGAGAAGGUACUAUCGAGUGAUAAUCCUAAGUACGGGUACAACGCUGCAACCGGGAAGUAUGAGGAUCUAAUGGCGGCUGGAAUCAUUGAUCCAACCAAGGUGGUGAGGUGCUGCCUGGAGCAUGCCUCCUCCGUGGCAAAGACAUUUUUGAUGUCUGACUGUGUAGUGGUCGAGAUCAAGGAACCCGAGCCAGUGGUUGCCGGGAACCCCAUGGACAAUUCAGGAUAUGGAUAUUAAUGAGGAUAUAGAGGAAAAAGGAAGCAACAUGUAGAAGAAUAAAGAGGCAAUAUAUUUCAGGGGAGCCAUUGCAAGCAGAGAGAGUGAAGGAAUUUGGCGUUUCAACGCUUAUGAUAUUUGAUUGCGGUGAGUUUAGGGAGAGGGUAGAGCUUUUUGAUUCUGAAUGGAUGCAAGUUAUGUUGUAGGCUCUUCUGUAUGAACCAAAUUUCAGUCAUUGCAGUAAGUUUCCAUGCAUCCUUACAUACACAACAACCAUUGCCAUUAUUAGUUGGAAUGAACUGAUUUUUGUAGAACCAAAUUUCAGUCAAGCAGCAGGUUCCUGAGCCAGCUUUAGCCCAUGGCUACUACAUAUAGGUGAAAUGAUGGAAUUGGAUGUUGUUUCUAGUUUAUGGGUUCUCUUAAGAAUAUUGAGGAAAGAACAAAACAAAUCUGCAUAGGAAGGUGCUGAACUGAAUCAAUGUACGUCACAUUGGACUCUAGUUCUCAUUCAAAUUUGCAUUUGGCUCGAUACUAUUACGACCUAAUUUGAUUCUGGAACACAUUGAAUUAUGCCUACAGCCAACAUAUGCAGCUCCUCAGCUUUUUUCCUUCUUUUUCUUGUCGCAGUUCAUUUUUCAUUUGUGACUUUGUAACAAGAGAAUCUAAAUCCUUUUGGCAACUUCAUUAUAAAAAAGGCAAAAGGAAAAAGUAAAGAGAAAAAAAAUGUUCAAUUAGAGCUCUACAACCAAAUAUCCUCAAGUCGGACCUAGAUUAUCUUCUUUCCCUUUAUAUUUGAUCCGGUCUAUACUACCAUCCAACUUGAUUCGAGAGCAGAUUGAGCCAGGUCCAUCAGGGGUGGGAAUCGGUCGGUAAAUCGUUUACCGAAUUUACCGGUUUCGGUAUACCGAGGGUGGCCAAACUGUUUACCGUUUACCGAUAUCGGUUUGUAACUGGUUUACCGAUUACCAAACUACCGCUAAACGGUUACAAACCGGUUUACCGAAUUACCGCAAAGGACGAAGUGGGGCGGUUUUUCGGUUCGGUUUACUGACUAUUUACCGAACCGAAAUUCUGUUAGUGAGGGAAGGGAGACUAGGUCUGGGUUUUAAAUCGCCGAUUGGGAAGGGAGACCAAGUCGCCGAUUGGAGGGGAGGGAGGGUGAGGGUUUCAGGGCCAGGUCGCCGUCGGCGGGGAAGCGGGAAGGUGGCGGCGGGAAAGCAGGGCCGUCGGUGGGGAAGCCGGAAGGUGGCGGAGCCGCGGAGGAUUGGGAAGUGCUGGUCGCGUCGCGGCGUCGGCGAGGGAAGGGCGUUGGCGAGGGAAGGGAAGCGGGUGAGGGAUUCAGGAAUCAGGGCCGUCGUCGUCGUCAGCAGAAGGAGCGGCGUCCGGCGAAGAGGAGAAGAGGAGAGGUGGCUGCGCGCAGGGCUGCUCUCUCUACCUCUGCGAUUUCGAAACGAAGAAGGAAGGGUGGCGGCGGGUCGCUGCUGCAGUGCUGGGCGGGUAUUUUUUAGAACUAGGGUUGAAAUCUUUGCCAAAUAAAACGACUUCGUUUUGGGGUUCGAUAUCGGUAUUACCGAUUUACCGUCGAUAUUUACCGAUACCGAAUUCGGUAUACCGACCCACCCAAUUCGCCGCUCGGCCGCCGAUACCGCCAGUAAACUGUAUACCGUUUACCGCCGGUAAACGGUUCGGUAAAACGGUAAACUGUUUACCGGCGUACCGAAUUCCACCCCUAAUCAUAGCCUACAAAUUUACAGACCUCAUAGUCUAGUGAAUAUUUAGACAUUUAACCUCUCAAUUCACUAGCGUGGGUCCGGCCAGUUGGCCGGAGGAAGGUGAGGUAUGAAAUUUGAUAAUGUAAUGGGGUGUAUAGCUUAUUGUUGUAUAGUUUUUUUUGGGUAACACGUGAUAAAAAUAGUGAAUUUUAGCAGGAAAGAGACAUGAAUGAUGCAAUGAAUAAAAAAUGGCCUUAUGA